GAAACUAUAUUAACUUAUUAUUGAUGAUUUAAUUAAUGAAUAUAAUAAAUCAAUAUGUUACAAACAAUAAGAUCAAAUAAUAUUACCCCUAAUAUAAAUUUCCCAAUAUGUUGUCUUCAAGUUGUCGAUCACCAUGGUAACAAUAAUCAUAAUAAUAAUAAUAUGACUACUAAUAUGAUGAAUAUACCAAUGAACAAUAUAGAGAAACAAACACUUAAUGAUGAAACUAUUGAAUCGAUGUAUGAAAAAGCGAAUGAUUUAUUAAAUAGAAUGAAAAAACGUAGAAAAAUUUUAAAAAAUAAACAAACAAAACUACAAAAUGAUGAUGAUGAUGAUUGUAACCAAGUUAGUACUGCUACUACACCUACUACUACCACGACUACGACUACAACUUAUUGGCUUGAAAAUAAUGAAAAGUUAUUUCAUAAAACUAGAUAUGGUGAGUAAUA